AUAAAAAACUUGUAUUCUCUUUGCUGUAUUUUUUCAAAAUUUUGUAAUUGUAUUUUGUUAAUUUGUUGUUAAUUUGUUUUUGUUUUGUUUGAACUUUUAAGCUAUUACUAUCACAGAAUACAAUUUGAUUAUUUACUAUAUCUAGAUGUCUUUAGAGUAAGUGUGUGCAUCAAGACAUGGGUAGUCCUGAGCAUGAACUAUGUCCUCCUCCAUCAGAAGAGGAUGAACUAACCCUGCCCAGAGCGAGUAUAAACAAAAUGAUUAAAGAAUUAGUGCCAUCCGUUCGAGUUGCUUUUGAAUCAAGAGAGCUCAUCUUAAACUGUUGUACAGAAUUUAUUCAUCUUAUAAGCUCUGAAGCAAAUGAUGUGUGUAGUCAAAGCAACAAGAAAACUAUAAAUGCUGAACAUGUAUUAACUGCAUUGGAUAGGCUUGGUUUCAAUGACUACACUGUAGAAGCUGAGGCGGUUCUUAAAGAUUGUAAAGCUGUGGCUGCAAAGAGACGUAGACAAAGUACAAGACUUGAAAAUCUUGGAAUACCUGAAGAAGAAUUACUAAGACAACAACAGGAACUUUUUGCAAAGGCUCGGGAAGAACAAGCAAAGCAGGAUCAUCAACAGUGGUUAUUAUUACAGCAGCAAGGUUUUGUUGGUGGUGAUGUAAAUCCUCAACCAUACAUUCCACCGCCUAAUGUGUUUAUGAAACAAGAAGAUGAUGACUAUCAAUAAAAAGGUUUUAAGUCUCUUAAUAAAAAUGUAUAUAAAAUAAAUAUUUUCUACUUU